AUGUGCCAUGUUACUGUCGUGAAGAAUAUCCACAGAGGUGAUCGGCUUAUCUUGGUUCCUUCAAGAAACUUGCAUCAACAUCUUGGAGACCUACUGAAGAGCAUGGAUGGAGCCGACGUGACCUUUCAUGUCGGCGGGGAGAGUUUCUCGGCUCAUAGGGUCGUGCUCGCCGCUCGGUCAUCCGUAUUCAGAGCGGAGCUCUUUGGCGGCAUGAAGGAGAAAGCCGGCGGUCCGAUAGAAAUUAGUGACAUGGAAAGUGACGUGUUCAAGGCCUUGCUCCACUUCAUAUACACAGACGAGUAUGAGCCUGUUGCUGAGAUGACCGAUGGAUGUGAAGCACGGAGAGAAGCGGUGAUGGCCGGCCAUCUACUUGUUGCAGCAGACAGGUACAAUAUCGAGGGGCUGAAGGUGAUAUGCGAAGAGAGGAUGUGCAACCUCAUCAACCCUGACAUUGUGGCGACUAGUUUGGCUCUAGCAGAGCAGCACGGCUUCCGUAGCAUCAAGGAUGCCUGCUUUGAGUUCCUCGCUUCUCCUUCCAAUUUGGAGGCGAUGAUGGCAAGUGAUGGUUACGAGCAUCUCAAGAAUAGCUGCCCAUCAGUUCUCAAGGAGCUGGCUGCUAGCUUCCUGCCUGCCGAACUGAAAGCGGCCAAAGAUAUUAUCAUGACAAUUUAG